AAUAAAUCCCCAUGAGUCUUUUGCUAUAUUCCUUGGCAUCACACAUGGAAGUAGAGUAUUGAUGUUUGCAAUGUAUAUACCUCCCAGGCCCAAAGCUCUCCCUAUAAAUACAUCCCAUUCCCCUCACACCCCUUCCACAACCAUCAUCCCCAAGACAACAGCUGAACAAGCUCUCCUCUGCCUCCACAGCGAAACAGGGGCAGCCGCAGCACAAAGCUUAAGCUCGAUCAGGUGCCACCAGAGUCUCUCACGCCAUGAGGCCCGGAGCGGAGUUCGCCAUGGUGCACGGCGGGGCGAUGAUGGCGCCGACGGCGGCGCCGGGGGGUCACGCGCUGACGAACGGGACCCACUCGCCGUGGCAGUCGCCGGUGCCGUACCUCUUCGGCGGGCUGGCGGCGAUGCUGGGGCUCAUCGCCUUCGCGCUGCUCAUCCUCGCCUGCUCCUACUGGAAGCUCUCCGGCUACCUCGACGGCGGCGCCCAUGGCUCCGGCGCCGGAGGUGGGGACGACGACGGCGAGAAGGGGUCGGUGGGCGGCGCCGCCAGGCCGGCCGCGGCGGUCCAGGAGCACGUCGUCGUCAUCAUGGCCGGCGAGGAGCGGCCCACCUUCCUCGCCAUGCCGUCCGCCAGCCGCGCCGCCGCCGUCGAGCUCGGCGCCAUGGCAAACCCUGAAGCAUCCGCGAGCGCCCUCGGCGGAGGCGACGGCGCGCCGGAGCUGGAGAAGAAGAUCGAGGACUCGCCGCAGCUCGUCGGCGGUGGUUCCGGCAGCGAGAGCAGCGGCGCGACGUCGACGGCGCUGCGAGAAAGCUCGCAAUGAAAGCCGCCGCCUUUCUGGGUGGAGCUAUUCGCUUUUCUUCUUCCUCUUCCGUUCUUCUUCCUUUCCCCCCUCGCUCACUCUUCUUCCUUCCGGUAUUGCUGCUAGAUUUAGUCUGGGAAGUGGCUGUAGAUUCUUGACGUGAUUGGUUGGGCGAAUGAAUUAAUGAUGGUGCGUGGCUUGAGAGCUUUGCCAAUCCAAGUUACUUUAAAUUUGUUCCAUAAA